UGGCUCGAGCGCGCUGUGCCCAGCGCGCAAGUCUUGCUAUCCAUAUAACCCGAGCCUCUAUCAGUAUAGUGCGCACUCGUAUGUUAUGAAGAAUCCGCGUGUCGGCGGGCCGCCAUCGGAGUCAAGUUCCGCAGAUCCAGCGGCAGCGUCGCCGCAACCAGCGCGAUGGACGUGGGCAUCCAUGCUUCUCGGUUCCUUCUACGCGGCGUGUGUCGUCGGAAGCCUCCUGGUGUAUGGCCUGUGGCAGGAGCGCAUCAUGUCGCAGCCCUAUGAGGGCGACAUCUUCACGUUUUCUGUCUUCCUGGUGUUCUUCACCAGGAUCGUUGGCCUCGCGUUCGCCCUGGUGAUGGUAGCUGGCACGUGCGAGCCGGUCUACUGCCAAGCUCCGCUUUGGAAGUACGUGGUCGUUUCGGUGCCGACGGUGGUCGCGAGCAUCUGCCAGUUCGAGGCGCUCAGGUACGUGUCGUUCACGAUGCAGAUACUCGGGAAGAGCUCCAAGACAGGCCUGUUGAUGCUGGGCGCGAGGGCCUUCGUGGGCACCAGGUGGGCGCUGUCCGGAUGGGGGGGGGCUCUCAACACCGCUGCGCCGCACAGCCCGUUGCCUUGCGACGGCCUCGGCGCCCGCCAGUCGCUGCAGAUGGCGCCAACUGCGGGCACUGCGCUCAGAGUUAUUGGAUACAAUCCCAUGUGGGCGAGCGGAUUGAGAAUGCAGGAGAUAUUACAUCACACGACGAACUACGACGCGGUGCUGCUCUGUGGAACACAGACGGUGUGCCGCAAGUCCGAGGGUGUUCUGCGGAGUCGAGUUGCAGGCCGCACGAUACUGGAAGCCGUUCACCAGCCUGGGCCAUUUACGACUGCGGCGACGGGCUGUGCGGUGAUCCUGAGAACGGGCUACAAUGAUCGACACAUACGACAGACGUGGUCUCCCCCUCGGCAGCUGGCGGGCAGGGGCUUGGCAGUGCGCAUCCAGAAGGGUGCGAUCGACAUAACCUACGGCGUAUUGUAUUACCCGCCUCAGCCACGCUCGCACCAGGAGAAUGGAGUUUGUCACGAGACGGCGAAGGCACUCACACGCUGGUGGCGAUCGGUGUUGUUGGCUCUCCCGUGUCGCACCUUGCCGCUGUUCUAUUCUGACGUGAACGACGGCAUCGGAGCGCAGGUGAAGGCUGGAGGCUGGAGUCUGGACCGAGCCCCUGUGCGAGGCUACUGGAAGCACGCGCUGCACUUCGACGAUCACGAGCAGAUGUCGGCUCAGGACGCGGGCGACUGGUACAAGAUCGUGGACUGGAUGGUCGCCUUUGGGGUCACGGCCGGGCUGGUGCUGUACAGCGGGCGGGGCAGAACGCGGGCGCUCCCCUUCUGCCACCCUCACAUGCUCACUGGACCACUGGGAACCGAGCACGCAGCUGGCAGCCCACUGCUGGGCCUCGGCCUCCUGGGCAGCUUCGUCGUGCUGGACGGCGUCUCGUCCUUCGUCCAGGACAAGCUGUUCUCUGAAGAACGGGGCACCAAGUACAACCAGCUGCUCUACAACAGCGUGACGGCGGCGCUGCUGUCCCUGGGGAUCCUGCUCCUGUGGGGCAGGGCGAGGGAGUCGCUGGAGUUCUGCAAAGGGCACCCGGCGCUCUACGUGGACGCCUCCAUCAUGAGCGCGGCAGCGAUGAUCGCGCAGUGGUUCGUCCACAUGCAGGUGACUUCGGCCGUCUCGCCUUCGCGGCCACGUUCAAUCUGA